AUGGGACUUGAAGAGAAGAAUAAAAUAGUUAACAAAUUGAUUAGUUUGAAUAUAGAUCCAGUAUUUGUCUUACGAACUCGUCAUGGUAUAGUAUUUAAUACUAUCGUAAAAAAUGUUGAAUCAACACUGAAGAAAACUGUUGAUGAUGUUUUGAAUUGGAAAUUAACGAAUAUGUUUGUGAUCUGUGAUCCAGUUAAAUCAAAACAUUUUCUUCAAAAAUUAUCUACAAUGCAAAGUCUAUCACCACGUAUCAAAACACAAAUAUACUAUUCCAAAUUGUAUGUUAAAAAUCAAACAUUAUCAACGUUUGGUGUUGAAUUAACGUUAUCAAUGCUGUCUCAACGAACGUUAUGUGGUAUUAACCUAUAUAAAUCAAUUGAUGAAUUAUUAAAAAUGGAAAAAAGUUCGAAUGUUUAUGUUAUCCAGUAUAAAGUAUUAACAUAUGAACAAGGACAAACAUUUGAAUUGAUCAAUGGGCCACGUUCAACGGUUACAAACACACGUUUGAAAACAGCGUUUGAUUUUGACGCGUCUUAUAAUGGUUUUCCCCGACAAGUAUUACCUCUGGCUAUUAUCGAGUUUCAAUGUUCAUCCGAUAAUUUCUAUAAUGUUAUUAAUAGAUAUUUUGAGAAUGUGGAACAUUGUCAAUUUGAUAGUUCACUUUUGAUAACCACUACAGAUUCAGACGAAGAAGAGUUAAUAGUCGAGAAAGAAAAUAAUGAAAUAACUGAACAUACAGUACAACAGGAAGAAAUUAUUGAAUCUGUAAUAAGAGACGAUAUUAGUUGUUCAGUAUCACCAUACUCAUUUAAAGAAAUGUCAUUAUUCGCAUUCUUGUUAAGUAUCUGUCUUAUUCAAUCUAUUAUUCAUUAUUCACAAGCAGGCCAGUGUUCAAUUCACAAUGGUCCAGAUUAUCUUUCAUUUGUUGAAAGAAAUAGUAACAACAAACUGCGUGUCUCAGAUUUGAUGAACAAUUUAGAGAAACUUUUUGGUUUAUCAACAAACGAAAGAGAGGAUGAUGACACUACAUUUCCAUUGUUUCAAACAACAAGACUUCUUGACAUUCCAUCAUCAACUUGCCUAAUUCAUAUUCGUGGUAUCGACAGUCUGUUUGAUCAUGGUAUUUCACUACUUGAUAAAAAAUCGGAAGUACAAAAUCUUCAAAAGCAAUUAACUAAACAAAUAUCAGAAAUGGGAAAAAAGGCAACAAAUAUGCCAACGAUUAAAUAUAUUGUUGUUGAUUGUGUUGAUUGCAAAAAUAACGAAGUAAUAAAUGAUGAUUUUGUACAAAAGUUACAGAAACAAUUAAAUAAUACAAUACGAAAGCUUGUUGCGAAAGAUCCAGAAGCGUUAACCUUAUCUUUAACAACUCAAUAUAGUCAUAUUCGUCGAAAACGACUAGCCGCUAAAGCGGGAAGAAUGCUUGAAACGAAAUAUUGGAACGUAUUUGCUAUGUUAGAUACAUUUGAAUUGGAAAAAAUUAUGUUUGCCUGUGUAUUUGGAUCAGGCAGCGAAGUUAUCUAUGUAACAAAAGAUGAUGACGUUUAUGCUUUCGGAAACAAUAACCAUUGCUGUUUAGGACUAGGUGAUGAUAUAGCGAGUUUUGAACCGAGAAGAAUAGAAAUAUUAUGCCAGAAAAAAGUGAAAAAUAUCGCUUAUGGUUUUGGACCGCAUGUUCUAGCGUUAACAGAAGGUCACAAUUCUUAUGGUCAAGUUGGUAAUAAUAGUACAACACAUGUUUCAACGCCUUAUUGUCUAUCGACAUCGUUUUUCAAUGACAAAAAGAUUCAAGUGAUUGCAUGUGGCCAUUAUUAUUCAGCUUGUAUUGCAGUCGACGGUGAGAUCUACAUGUGGGGACACAAUAAUUGUGGACAACUUGGAUUAGGUUCAACACAAAAUCAUAUUACACCGAAAAAAGUCCAUUUUGUUUCAGACUUUAAACGUAAACCAGUGUCAAUAUCAUGUUCACAAACAUCUACAUUUGUUUUGUUCGAUAAUGGUGAAGUAUUUGCAUGGGGGUAUAAUGGAAAUGCUCAAUUAGGAAUUGGAAAUAGUAUGAAUCAGACAACACCGUUCAAAAUAUCUUUUCCUGCAACACAUGAUAUUAUUAUUAUACAGGUUAAGAACAUUUAA